UUCCCCACCACUCACCGUAGGAUACGCCUCUUCUUCCUCUGCGGGCUGCGGCCUCACCCAUGAGUAGCGCCGCCGGCCUCCGCAUCUCCUGCGCCGUCACCCCCUUUGUCCUUGACGCGCCACCGCGUGCGCGAGCUUCCCCGGCCGCCGCUCGAAUAGCCAAUCCAAGUCGCAUCAGCUCGACGCCUUUCGCCUUGUCCGACGACCUCCUCCCUCUGGACCGGCUCCGGGGGAUGACUUCGAAUGGGUGGGAGGCGCAGAGGUCGGAGAACUUCGAGCAGCUUUCGGUCAGUCAACGUUUGGCGCCCCACAUCACAUGGCCUACUCCUGAAGGAUUGCAGGAAGGAGGAGGAAGUAUUCGAUGAAUCUAGAGCCUGUAAGUCUUGCAUCUGGUCAAAUAUAUCUGCUACGAAUGUUCAACAUCUUGUUUCUGCUGGGCCAGCAGGCUGUACUCGUCUGUCGGUCCGUAGACUCAUCCUGUCACUGAUGAACAGUACACGCGGUGCUUCAGACUUGAGAUUCUUCUUCAGUCAAUGAUACAUACCUCUGUGAAAGUGAUAUGACUUUCUUUCGUACACGCGUUUCCUUGGGUAAUCCUGGCAAUGUGUGUAAUGCAUCGGCAGGCAGAGACGCCUCGUACACGAGUUUACACGGCAAGCCUGGCAAUCACUUCAUUUUGAACAACACACGGCAUCAGGGCAAUAUAUCCAUGUAUGUAAUGUGUGUGCUUUCGAGCUUCACCUACACUACACCUGCACACCAUGAGCCUUCUCCUAGCCUUGGAGCUUCUGCUCUCCCUGCUUGCCUUGCCACGCCUUUCUUCUACCUCAAAUUCCACUCAUCCGUCACUGGAUCGGCAGGCAGAGGCGCUUCUCCAAUGGAAAUCUAGCCUAAGCAGUUGGUCCUUUGAUUUCCUGGACUCAUGGACAAACCGAAGCAGCCCCUGUAACUGGUCCGGCGUUGCCUGCAGCAACGCCAUGCCUCCUGGCAGUGGCCGGGGUCAUCCUGCCUUAGUUGUGUGGGAGAUUUGGCUUCCGGAUUGUGGCCUUGUUGGCAGGUUGGACAGGCUCCACUUUGCAGACUUGCCUCAUCUUGUAUAUCUGAACCUUGGACACAACUCUCUCUCGGGGCCAAUCCCAUCAAGCAUUGGUGCUGUUGCUGAUCUCACUCACUUGGAUCUAUCCAACAAUGGCCUGAACGGAUCUAUCCCGACAUCGCUAGGUAAUUGUACUAAACUAAGAACACUGGCACUUGCAUCUAAUCAGAUUACCGGCCUAUUACCACCUGAGAUAGGAUAUUGCCGCUCUUUAUUGUCAUUACUUGCAUCAGACAACUUAUUGACAGGACAGAUACCACAAGAACUUGGGUAUCUUUCAAACCUAAAUGAGCUAGAUUUGAGUAGAAACAGUUUAAGUGGUACCAUCCCAGUGAUUCUUUAUAAGCUGAACUACCUUUUCAGGGUGAAUUUAUCAUAUAACAGUUUAGGUGGCAAAGUUCCAUCUUUCACUGGAUCCUGGAUCGAUCUUGACCAUAAUAAGGAUUUAUGCGAUGAUUCCUAUGGCUUAACGCCAUGUGACACACCAAACAUCGACAUGGAACACAAGAGCAGAAAACAUUCACGUAUGGUACUUCUUGCUUUUUUUGCACCCUUUUCCUUCGCUUGCCUCUCGAUAGCAAGCAUCACGGUUGUUUGUUGGAGAAAAAAGUGUGUAAAAAGUAAAAGCAAAAGAAAGUCUGGAGAUGUACUUUCUAUAUGGAAUUUCGACGGGAAGAUCGCAUUCGAAGACAUACUAACUGCAACAGAAAAUUUCGAUGAGAAAUAUUGCAUUGGCGUUGGAGGCUAUGGAACUGUAUUCAGAGUUGAGCUUGAAAGCGGGGCUGUCUUUGCUGUCAAGCUCCUGCAUUCAAUGGAAGAAUUCAGCGCCGAGGAGACAUUUCAUGCUGAGAUUGAAGUGUUGACGAAAAUCAGGCACCGAUGCAUUGUCAAGCUGUAUGGCUUCUGUUCACAUUCCCAAUGCAAAUUUCUCGUGUACGACCUUAUUGAGAGGGGAAGCUUAUCAUCCAUUUUGCACGAACAAGAGCUAGCAAAAGAGCUGAACUGGACCAACAGAAUCACUAUUGUGACGGACAUAGCUCAAGCUCUCGCCUACUUGCAUCAUGAUUGUGAUGAUCCUAUUGUACACCGAGACAUAAAAAGCAGCAACAUUCUUCUGAACCUUGAUUAUAAAGCUUAUGUCUCGGACUUCGGCAUGGCGAGGAAGCUGAAGCACGGUUGCUCAAGCUGGAGCACAAUCUUUGCAGGGACAUGUGGCUACAUAGCACCUGAAUUGUCAUCUACCAUGGUGUUGACUGAGAAAUGCGACGUGUACAGCUUCGGUGUGGUUGCGCUGGAAGUUGUGAUGGGAAAGCACCCAGGUGAUCUGCUCCUUCCGUUCUUCUGCCGAACAGAGCAGCCGGGGAAGUUCAAUGAUAUCCUGGAUCGACGCAUCGCAGCGCCGUCAACCAUCCAUGAGGAGAAGGAUGCCAUUUUGGUUGCCUUGGUGGCCUUUGCUUGUCUGCAAGUCAAUCCCAAAUCCCGGCCAACAAUGCAGCAGGUGUAUCAGGCACUGACAAAUAGAAACCGCCCAGCUUUCAUGCCCAGGCCCCUUCAUGAAAUCAGCCUGCAAGAUUUGCACGAUUACUGUGGCACCAUAAAGAAUAUAUGAAGCUAUAUAGCUAAUCUCGUGUAUAUUUGGCCUGUGUAUUUGUAUUUUUGUGUAGACUUCAAGGACAGAAGGAUGGAUAACAUCCUUUUGUAUGUUGACUUAGUAUUGUUACUAGUAAUUUCAGUAUUGAAAAUGCUAUCGUUUGGCAAAACUGUUGGAUGAAAAUAUAUGCAUUCCCUUUAUCUUGCCAUCUUCA